CAUUCAUACAUGUUCUAGAGUUCAUGGAGAGAUGAUGUGUAACACGGCACGAUAUUUUAAUCUUAACAGAAUACUUUUGCUGACUAUAGGCUUGUGGCCCUAUCAACAAUCAAAACUCAGUCGACUUCAAUUUAUUUUCUUUCUCGGUAUUUUGACGACUGCUAUUUUAUUUCAGUUUACUACAUUCCUUAAUUCAAAAUGCACCGCUGAUUUCGUCGUUAAGAUUCUAUCAAGCGCGCUCUUUUUUACUACUUUUGUGAUAAAAUAUAUCUUCUUCGCUAUUAAUGCCGAAACUGUGAAAGAUUUAUUGACACAACUUCAACAUAUAUACGAUCAAUUAAAAGAUGAAUGUGAAAACGCUAUCGUUGAAAGAUAUAGUUACAAUGCAAAACGUUACACGAUUGCGCUUACAAUAUGCAGUAUUUGUAGUAUAUUUGCUCUUAUUGUCGCACAACUUUGGCCGAAUGUAAUUGAUGUUAUUUUACCAAGAAACGUAUCUCAAGCACGUCGCCUGCCAAUUAUGACAGAAUAUUUCAUCGAUCAAAAAAAAUAUUAUUCUUUCAUUCUUCUGCAUUUAAAUGCAACAAUUUGCAUAGGAUCGGCUGUAAUGCUGUCAAUCGGAACAAUGCUUAUUGCAUAUGUUGAACAUGUUUGUGGACUGUUUAAAAUCUCUAGUUAUCGCAUUAAACACGCAAUGAGAGCCAUUGUGUUACAAAAUAUUAGUACAAAAAACGAUACAUUGAUGUUAGAAGAAAUAAGAUGUGCUGUAGAUAUACAUCGGCAAGCUAUGGAAUUAUCCAAAACUUUGACAUCCAAAUUUGAAGCAAUGUUGUUCUGUUUAAUAACAUUAGGAGUAAUAUCACUCAGCCUUAAUCUCUUUCAGAUUUUUCGGAUUGUAUCAGUCGGAGAUAAUAUCGAUGAGAUAUUAGCGCCCUCUUUAAUUGUAUUUUGCAGUAUUUUAUAUAUGUUCUGCGCCAACUUUUUCUCGCAAAAUGUAACAGAUCAUAAUGAUCAUGUAUUUGUUACCGUGUAUAACGUUCAGUGGUACUUAGCUCCGUUAUAUGUACAGAAAGUAGUACUGUUUUUGUUGCAAAGAAAUGCCCAAGACUUUACUUUAGGUGUCGGAGGAUUAUUUAUCGGAUCGUUAGAGUGUUUUGCAACGUUGGUAAAAGCAUCGGUCUCAUAUUUUACUGUCAUAUAUUCAACGCAAUAACAAGCUGGUGAGAGAGAUGAUCGAAUUGAUAUCGCAAUGAUAUUACAAAGGCUAGACAAUACUGAGCGCACGCAUAUAACGGCUUAGAUGCUGGUAACACUGGAGAGAUAUCACGUAAUGUGAAAAACACAAGAUCUAAUGUGUUAUGAUUCACAUUGAGAAUAUUAUUAUGCUGAUA